AUUCAUUGUAUUUAAACUUAUUCUUGAAUUAAUUUAAAAUAAAUAACUGACUAAAUUAAAGUUUCUUAUACCUGCGAUUAUUUUAUUUUUUAGAGUUCUUGUCCGAAGCAUAACUGGAUCCAGAAAAUUGAUCCAUUGUUAAGAUUUCAAAAUGAUAAAGAAAAUGUCAUUUAAAAGAUAAAUUUAAACACAAAAGUUUUAUUGAACCUAAUGGAGGAACGACAAACUGAAAAUGAACAUAAAAAGCCUGAAGAAUCUCCCAACUCAAAGUUUGAAUGUAACAUAUGUUUUGAUGAAGUUAAAGAUCCCGUUGUUACGAGGUGUGGCCACCUGUUCUGCUGGUCCUGUUUGCUCUCCUGGAUGAACCGCAGGAACUAUCAGUGUCCAAUAUGCCAAUCAGGAAUUUCAAGAGAAAAUGUUAUACCCUUAUACGGCCAUGGCCAAAAUCAAACUGAUCCAAGAGAUAAGCCAGAAGAACCAAGACCGAAAGCACAGAGAUCAACAUCUAACCAAAGACCAAAUUCAUUUUUUCGAGGAUAUGAGAACAGAAUAUCAGUUUCAUUUGGAUCAUUUCCUUUUUCAUUUAUUUUUCCUAUCGCAUUUGGAACUAACAAUACAGGGUCCUUUUUUGACCUCUUCAGAAAUGACGAAUCCACGCCAAAUAUGACUUCAGAGCGAAGAAGAGCUUACGCCUAUACCGGGUUUCUCUCCCUUGUAGGAUUACUAAUGAUCGCAUAUCUCGUUCUCUGUGUUUAAAUUCAUAAUGUCGAUUUUUUAAUUUAUUUCCCAAUA